AUGUCGAACUCCAAAUGGCAGGGCUCUGUAGAAGGCAAGAUCAUGGCUCCGCUGGAGAGCGUGUGGAAGAUAGCAAGUGACUAUUACGAGAUGCACAAGUGGUUUCCGGACAUGAAAUUGUGCGAAAGAGUGGAAGGAGCGCCUGAACAGGGCGUGGGCUCUGUGCGCCGCUGUAUAACAAGUUUGCCAUCCGAUCAGGAGAGCACCGAUUCUAUUGCCCUGGAGGAGCUCAUCGCUCAAGACGAUACUAACCAUUCAUUCACUUAUCGCGUCACAGAUAGCAACUUGCCGGGCUUUAUUGGCCACGAGGGUACCUUUGAAUUCUGUGAACUAACGAAGGAAGAGGGCAACUGUUUGAUGAAAUGGUCUUUCCAGAUGAACCCCAUUGCCGGCUUUACCAAAGAGGGUGUUGAGGCCCUUAGGAAAUCUUUUCUCACUGGCAUGGUCAACAAUCUGGAACAGCUCACUUCUUCAUAG